AUGUUUAAACAAGCAAUGAAUAGUGUUGAGAGUAAACUUGAUAAAGCUUUUGUAAUUCAAGGAAACGAUAAUGGAAAUAAUUAUCAAGAUGUUUACAUAGACCCAAUAACAGGAUUUACAUUCACCACAACCACAUCAUCUACAACCACGGAUUUUACAGGUUCAAUCCUAAAAUCAAAAAUUGACAGAAGAAGCAUUUCAUUGCAAUCCAGCGAAAGCGAUCAAAUUAAUUUAGAUUUAAAAAAUGAUAUUAAUGGUAAUAAUGAAAAUAUAUUAGAAAGAGACAUUGAAGAGAAUGUUACUACAGAGGCAAAAUUUAGUGAAAAAUCUAUAUCAUCAUCAGUUAAUGAUCUUCAACAUUUGGUUGAACAACGUGAACGUCAACUAAUGAGUGCAAUUGAACAAAAUGCCAUGCUAAAUGAUUCAUUGGAACAAUUAAAAUUACAAUUAAAAGACUUGGAAGAACUUAAAGCUGCAGAAUCAAAGAUUUCACAAGAAAGGAUUGAUCGUCUAGAAAAUCAAUUACAAAAAUCUAAUUUAGAGUUGAAUACAGUGAGACAAAAAAUUUCUAAUUCAGAGGACUCUUCAUCAACACAAGAUUUACUUGAAUAUCAACGUAAUCUUUUAUCAGAAAAAGAAGACCAAAUUACUGGACUUUUAGCUGAAGGUGAAAAAUUAUCAAGGAAUGAAUUAAUGCAUCGAAAUAGUUUGAAAAAGCAUCAUAAAAAAGAAGCAGAACAAGAACAACAUUAUAAUGAUUUAUUUAGAAAAUAUGAGAAAUCUAAUCAGGAAAUAUCAAAAUUAAAUAGUAAACUAGUAAAUUAUAAAGAAUCUGAGGACCAAUUAUAUAACAAAGCAAAUUUAGAAUUAAAUGAACUUAAUGAAAACCUUUCAUCUCCAUUGCAAACAUCAACUGUACUAGAAAAAGAGGUUUUAAUUAGAGAAAAGUUAAAUAAAGAAUUGGAAAAAUUAAGGAAUGAAACAGUAAUUACAGAGAGUAAUUUAAGAAUGGAGAUUAAUGAAUUGAGAUCAACUUUAUCAAAAGGAUUACAAAAGAAAUUGCAAAUAACAGAGAUUUCUUUAGAAGAUUCAACAGCAGAAGAAUGGAACAUUGAAAAAAUUCAAGUAUUGAGACAAAUUGAAAAUUUGCAUACUCAACAUACAAGAUCAUUAAAAAAUUGGGAAAUAAUAGAAUCAAACCUUACAUCAAGGUUAAAUGAAAUAGAAGCAAGCCGUCGACAAUAUAAAGAGAAAUAUGAUGAAUUGAAUUCAGAACUUAAAGAAAUGUCUACAAAAUUUCAACAACAAGAAUUAGCAUUAAUAUUAGAACGUUCCCAAAAUUCUAAAUUAUUAACAGAAUUAGAUUAUUUGAAAUCUAAACAAGUUCCAAAAUUAGAAUUACAAAUUCAAGAACUUACUGCUAAAAUUGGUUCAAUUCAAGUUGAAAAGGAUAAUCUGUUCAAAGAGACUAAAGAGAAAUAUGAUGAAGCAAUGAAAAAACUAUCUGAAGAAUUCGAGAAAAGAUUAAAAUAUGAGCAAGAUUUAAGGUUAUUCAAAGAACAGCAACAAGAUGCCCAAGCUCAAGUACCAGAACAAGUAUUGAUGUUGAAUUUAUCCGUCAAGUAUUUAGAAAGUCAAGUCAACACAUUACAAUCUCAAUUAAAUAUUGCUACUAGAAAUAGAGAUGAAUUGGCAAAUGAAUUGGUAAAAUUGACUGUUCAAUUAGAAGAAAUGACAAUUAAAAGUGAAAGAUUAACAGAAGUAGAAGAUCAAUUCUUCAAAUUGAAUGAAAGAAAUGUUGGGAGAGAAAACAGAAAAGGUAGAAGAGCUGCAAGAUAUUAUUGA